GACGCGACGCGGCCCCAGUUCGCGGCGCUCUGAUGUCGGAUCGCUCACGGGUGAAGCGUGAACGUGGGCGGGCGGCGCCGCUCCCCGGCCUCCGGCUGAUGGGACGGGACGGGGUCAGCGCAGACGUAGACGCUGAGUCCUGACGAUGAGGAGGAGGAGCGCCUCCGCUCAGGAGCAGGCCGUUCGUACCCGUCCUCCAUCAGUGGGGCUCCGUUUGUUUGUGGGCGGAGGCCGCGCCGCCAUCGCCGUCGCCCGCGACCCCCACAGCGCGUCCCCUCCACCAGCGUUCACCCUAGAGUCUCCCCCUCAGAACAACGGGUCCUUGGGCUGGUGCCGCGGCCACAAACAGUGUGCGAAGUGCCUGGAGCCCUGCAAGGACUCAUGGGAAACGGAGAGACGGAGCAGUUGCAGGGAGCUGUGUGAGCGGGCGUUUCCCAGGAAGCACUGGGAGUGCGUGGCCAGCUGCGAGUUCCUGCAGUCGGCGCUGGCGGCGAAGCAGGGCGCCUGUCCGGCCCCGGAGAAGGCCCGGGGCUUCGCGGCCGCCUGCGUGGAGAGCUGCGACCGCGACCGCGACUGCUCGGCUCGGAAGAAAUGCUGCUCCAACGGCUGCGGCCACACCUGCCAGGCCCCCAGGGACCCCUACAGAGGGGCCCCGCUGAAGCCGAGGCAGGAGCUGGGCUUCCAGGAGCUGGCCUCCGGGCAGAUGGAGGUGCGCUGGUCCUCCCGCUUCAACGUCUCGGCGGAGCCCGUGGUCUACGUCCUGCAGAGGAGGUGGAACUUCGGCAUCCAGCCCAGCGAGGACAGCGCCACCUCCUGGCAGCCGGUGGCACAGACCACGGAGCAGAGAGCGAGGCUCUCAGACGUCCGGCCGGGACGCUGGUACCAGUUCAGGGUGGCAGCGGUCAACACGCACGGGACCCGCGGCUUCACGACGCCCAGCAAACACAUCCACUCCAACAGAGACCCGGCCAGUCCUCCGGCUCCCGCUGAGCUCAGAGUGUCCAGCAUGAGCUUCGGGCCCGGCAGGGCGGCGGCGGCCCGCCUCCAGUGGAGCAUGCCCGCCGACCCGGACGUCCCCGUGCACCACUACAAGGUCACCUGGAGCUGGAGCUCGGGCCGACGGGCCUCGCUGGGCCGGAGGAGGAAGGUGGUGAGAGAGAGCCACGUGGAGCUGGACAGCAUGCGGUCCAACAGGAGCUACAGCGUGGAGGUCCAAGCCGUGUCCUACUGGGGACAGAGUCAACUCAAGGGCCCGCGAGCGGUCCUGCACUUCAGCACCCAGCACACCGCCGGCGCCGCUCCGUCGGACCCGACCGGCGACAUGCUGGACGUGGGGACGCCGUUCUACCAGGACGGGGAGCUGCGGGUUCACGUGUACUGGCAGAGCAGCGCAGAUCCCUCGGUUGAACGCUACAGAGUCCAGUGGGGGCCGGAGUACUGCAGGAACAACCAGACCCGACCCGCGCAGAAGACCAGCACCCAGGAGAACUUCGUCAGCCUGCGCGGCCUCCUCUUCUCCUGCAAGUACAAAGUCCUGCUGCAGCCGAUCAGCAGGAAGACGCGGCCUCCGGCGGAGAGCGCCGCCUUCCUCACUCCGUCCUGCGCCAGCAUCCAGGCCAAGGAUCCCAAACCCAUCGCGUGUCCCGGAGCCGCAGCGUCGCCCCAGGCGGUCCCGGCGAGGGCGGCCAACCUGACGGCGUCCUUCCAGGUGCGGAGCGGCAACGUGACGGCCGCCUUCAGCUGGGAUGCGUCCCCAGCCGGGCCCCGGCAGAGGCUGAGCGGCUACCGGGUCACCUGGACCGAGAUCCUCCCCGCCGGCCAGCCCAGCGGCAACAAGCUGCCCCACAGCCUCGUCUCCCAGUCCCAGAUCCUCCCUCCGGACGCCCGUGUCCUGGUGGUGCCGGGCCUGCGCCCGGCCAGCGUCUACACGCUGGAGGUCCGGGCCGUCACAGCAGGGGGCGAGGGCGCCACCGCCAGGCGAACGUUCCAGACCCCCGGAUCCCAAAGCGCCGCGAGGCACGGCGGGGAACCUCCCAAGCUGAGGAUGCAGCUCCACCAACAGCCGGUCGUGGAGAGGCACUGAGGCCUGCAUGAACCCCCCCCCACCCUCAGCGCGGUCAGGGAUCUACAGAGCUCCACGUCCAGCCUCGUGAUCAGUGAAUCCCCUUCAACUACCGGAAACCAUCCAAUCAAAUCUCUCCGGGCCACAGUGGACGGUUCUGCGCCGAGGAGUCAGAUCUGUGUCCUCCACCCUCUGAUGGACGGAACCACCCGAUGCAGGGGCUUCUCACCCGGAGACCGGAGGUGUGGCCUUCCUUCCAGUUUCAACCCGACGCGGCGCUUUGCUGCUCACCUGCUCUGCAACCCCAGUCCCGAGUUCUGGUACCGGGGCCUGGUUCCCCCCCUGUCGCAUGCGAACACGUGUAUCUUGGUGUUGUCAGUGUCACUGAGUGGUGCAGUGCUGUACGUAGCUGAAGCCGAACGCCCCACAGCUGGUCUGUCUGUGAGGUGGAGCUCCCUGUGUAAAUGCUGUACAUACUGUUUGUCUGUAUUUAUUAGCCGUGGUGUUCAGUGUCUCCAGUAAACGUGAGCGUCGUCUCCGGAGCCCCGGCACAAAGUGCUUCGGGUUCAGCUAAGCCUGUAUUCCAUGAGUUCCUGGCAGUUUGCACAGACUGUGUGUGUUUCACAAAUAGACUUUACACAACUCCAACCUAAGUGUUUUGACUCAUAGCUAAACUAAAAAAAAAUAGACAAGAACCAACAUAAGACACUAUUUUACUGGUUGAAACGAUGUGGUGCUACACUGGAAUUCGCAGACAAUAAAAACACAGCGUGCAGUUCA